AUGGCUAGAUCCCGUUUGCCGCAUGGUCCGGUCAACGGCAGUGGUGCUGGACAGACUCCCAGACUGGUGCCGCGUAAUCUGAACUGUCACGACUCUUUGAACACGCUGAUAAAGCCAUUCAAAGUUCCUUACAAAGUGGCAAAGGAGUCGCAGUUGCGUUCGCAACUGCGAGCCCCUGAGGGGGGACGUCGACUGCGGGUGCGAUCUAAAACAGUGUCAUACGAGGGAAUGGAACUCCCGACAGGCGAAAACGGGCAGUUGGAUGCUCAGGCAGGUGAUGAGUAUGGGAAGGAAAACGUUUUGGUGCACCAUGUUCGUAAAGACGCCUUGAGCUCUUCGAGGCUGGCGCAGGAUCCAGCAAGGCUGCAGAUGAUCGAAACAGCUUUGAAGAGGUCCUUCACAGUGCCCAUCAAGGGAUAUGUCCAGAGACACAGUUUACCGUUAACUCUGGGGACAAAGAAAAAGAUCGAAUUGGAGCCGAGGCCCUUACACGAUCCGUCUGAUGAGUUUGCGAUUGUUCUUUAUGAUCCCUCGGUAGACGGCGAUAUGAUUAUCAAGGAUAGCAGCGAUACUCCACUCACAAGGGAUGCUUCGAACCGUAGCGGUGCUGGUACUGGAGCUGACGGUGAUGCCAACCUAAAACACGACAAACAUGUGCAUCCAAGAUUCUUGUCCAAUGGGCUGAAAAAUAAGUCUUUGAAGGAGCUAUUAGGCGAAGAUAUCAACGACGAUCAACAUUCAAAAAAAGGUAAAAAGUUUCCAAAUAUUCCUGUUGUCAUUGAUCCGAAACUUGCAAAAAUUUUAAGACCACACCAAGUUGAAGGUGUCAGGUUUUUGUACCGUUGCGUUACAGGACUGGUCAUGAAAGAUUUUCUAGAUUCUGAGAGAGUUCGGCAUAUUGAUUCCGGUGAUACCAGUAACAAGGGCGAUACAAGUAGUAGUAUAUGCAAGGAUGCGAGUGAGAAAAUUGUUACAGAUCUUAAUGUUGUAAAUAGAGGUGCCUAUGGUUGUAUUAUGGCUGAUGAAAUGGGCCUUGGUAAAACUUUACAGUGUAUCGCUCUAAUGUGGACCUUAUUAAGGCAGGGUCCUCAGGGCAAGAAAUUGAUUGAUAAGUGUAUCAUUGUUUGUCCCUCUUCCUUAGUCAACAACUGGGCAAAUGAAUUGAUAAAAUGGUUAGGCCCAAAUACGUUGUCACCAUUGGCAAUUGAUGGUAAAAAAUCUUCUCUGGUUAAUGGUGGUAAUUCUUCUGUUUCAAUGGCGAUAAAAAACUGGGGUCAAUCAAGGGGAAGAAAUAUUGUGAAACCAGUUUUAAUCAUUUCUUAUGAAACUUUGCGAAGAAAUGUGGACCAAUUAAAAAAUUGUGAGAUUGGUUUAUUGUUAGCUGAUGAAGGUCAUAGAUUAAAAAAUUCUGAAUCUUUAACAUUCACCUCUUUGGAUAGUAUAAACUGUCCAAGGAGAGUAAUUCUUUCUGGUACACCAAUACAAAAUGAUUUAUCAGAAUAUUUUGCUCUUUUAAAUUUUUCAAAUCCAGGUCUUUUAGGUUCAAGAUUAGAUUUUAGGAAAAAUUUUGAGAUUCCAAUUCUAUUAAGUCGUGACGCUUUGGCUACUGAAAAGGAAAUUGAAAAGGGUCAAAUCCAGUUGCAGAAACUUUCUGAUGUCGUUUCAAGAUUUAUUAUCAGAAGAACAAAUGAUAUCCUAUCAAAAUAUUUACCUUGCAAAUAUGAGCAUGUUAUAUUUGUCAACUUGACACCAUUUCAAAAAAAAAUUUAUCAAAAUGCUGUUACUUCAUGGGAAAUUGAUAAAUUGGAUAAAAAGAAUAAUCAUGAUAAUAAUGAUAAAAAUAAUGAUAUAACCAGUAGAAGUAAUAGCAAUGAUUCCGGUAAUAAUCGUUUUAUCCAGCCUUUGAAAGCUAUUGGUAUUUUGAAGAAGUUAUGUAAUCAUCCAGAUUUAAUUAAUUUUGAAGACGAUUUACCAAAUUCUGAAAAUUUAGAUAUUCCGGAUGAUUACAUUGUUCCAGUAAAGGGUAAAAAUACACGAGAGAUUCAAACUGAAUUCUCCGGUAAGUUUUCAAUACUUGAAAGAUUUUUGUCAAAGAUAAAAAAAGAAUCGGAUGACAAAAUUGUUUUAAUCUCAAAUUAUACUCAAACUUUAGAUCUAAUUGAAAAAUUCUGUCGAAUAAAGAGGUAUAGUUCUAUUAGACUUGAUGGUACAUUGAAUAUAAAUAAAAGGCAGAAAUUAGUUGAUAGAUUUAAUGAUCCAGAAGGUCAAGAAUUUAUUUUUUUACUAAGUUCCAAAGCUGGUGGUUGUGGUAUUAAUUUAAUUGGGGCAAAUAGAUUAAUAUUAUUAGAUCCAGAUUGGAAUCCGGCUGCAGAUCAACAAGCUUUGGCCAGAGUUUGGAGAGAUGGUCAAAAGAAAGAUUGUUUCAUCUAUAGAUUUAUCUCUACUGGCACUAUCGAAGAAAAGAUUUAUCAAAGACAAUCGAUGAAAAUGAGUUUAAGUUCGUGCGUCGUUGAUGCAAAGGAAGACGUUGAAAGGCUGUUUAGUGCAGAUAACUUGAGACAGCUAUUUCAAUAUAACAAAAAAACAAUUUGUGAAACUCAUGAAACGUAUAAUUGCAAACGUUGUGAUACUAAAACUGGAAAACAAUUGAGAAAAAGUGAUGCAAUGCUAUAUGGUGAUCCUACAACAUGGAAUCACUUAAAUCAUAAAGGUUUAGAAAAAACAAACGAUCAUUUACUGCGUAAUGAAUUUCAUAGUAAUGACAUUAGUUAUGUAUUUCAAUAUAUAUCACAUUGA